AUGCGAUUAACCCCUUUCGCUUCCGCCCGUCGUCUCCUCACUGUCAUCGUCACUGUCACGAUAAGUGCCACCAGCCAGACGACAGCGCAGCCGUCUGACGGUUAUACCGUUAGACGGCAGACCAAGGUCAUUCAACAUGAAUGGCGCUCGGUCUGCUGCUGCUGGGGGUCGUCGUUGCCGUUAUUGAUCGACUACUACUGUAUCACGAUACGGGUCGUGUGUGCACCCCGUUUCGAGAUGACACGCAGCAGCAACGACGUGAUGGUCCAUCCGCCGUCUUCGACCGUCUGA